AUGUCCUGCUCGGGAGACUGCGUGUUGCGCACCGAGGACGGUGGCGCGUUUCCGGUGCACAGGUCCUUCCUACGCACGGUGAGCCCUUACUUCCGAGGUCUGUUCCACGACGGCAAAACCGAUGUCCUCCUGCGUGGAGUCAAGGGAUCCGUGCUCCAUGUAUUACUGGCACACGAGUACACCGAUCAGUUAUGCGUCAGCAACGACAACGUGGGGGAGGUGCUGGCGACGGCCGACAUGUUGCUCAUGGACAGGUGCCGGGAGAAGUGCAUGGAGAUGCUGCGGCGUAAUGUUCAAGCCGAAAACUGCCUCGGUGUGGCUGAGGUCACCAAGCAGUACAGCUGCUCACCUUCAGGAGACUGCGUGACGGAAUAUGUGCAUGAGCAUUUUGACAAGAUAUGGCGAACGAGCGAAGAGUUCCCAGAGAUGCCAGUCAGCCAGCUUUGCGAGCUGCUGGAUUCCCCGGAGCUGAAUGUUCGGCAGGAGCAAGACGUGCUGCACGCGAUUGCGCGCUGGUGCAACGCCGUCGGCGACGCUCCCGUGCUGGAUCAGCUGGAGCUUCGGCGGCUGCUUCAAUGCGUUCGCGUCGGCGUCUGCAAAGCCAGCGUGGAUGAUAGUGACAACAUUAUUUUUUUUUCGCGGUUGGUGCGCAGCGCCCUGCAAGAGUUCCAGAAUUUGUGCCCUGCGCUAGCCAACAGCCUCGCCUAUCGUGAAGCCGUGUUGGAAGCUCUCGAACGGGGCCCCUGCCUGUGCAAGCCCAUCCCGUUCUUGCUCGGACAAAACGCUGCUGAAGAAAUGGAUGCGGCAGAUAGAGAAGCAGCGGGAGAGGCCGGCGUUGCAGAAGUCGCCCCAGCUGAAGCUGCUCCUGCGGACGCCGCCGAUCUCGGAGCUGCUGCACUCCCGAACGAUGCCGAAGUUGCCGAUGCUGGCGCUGUGGCCGCUCCCGCAGAGAUUGACGCAGAGGAAAUGGAUGUAGAAGAUGGCGACGCAGGAAUCGCCGGUGGCCUCGCAAUGAAGCCACUAUGCAAGAAAUGCGGCAAGGAGAAUCCUGAACGCUGGCUUCCCCGCCUGCCGUACACUAUGCUGUUUGUGGUGGGCGGCUGGAGCAACGGCCAGGCGUUGUCUGACAUCCAGGCCUUCGACCCACUCGCCAACCGCUGGGUUCGCCACGAGAACGCGUCUGCAUUCGAGCCAAGAGCGUACCACGCAGUUGCCGUAUAUGGCAGGCGUGUCUUCGUGAUUGGCGGCAUGCAAGAGCGGAAGUACUUGCGCUCAACGAUGAGUUACGACAUGGACAGCUGUGAGUGGAAAGUGGAGUCCUCCAUGCACGAGACGCACGCGCGCGCCGAGGACCUGACGCUUCACAACUUCAUCGGCUACAGCGGACCGACGACGUGCGCGCUGAGCAACUGCUGA